AUUACCAGGAGACUCUAUUACUAGUGUCCUAAACAAACUCUCCGAGAUCUCUCUCUCUCUCUCUCUCUCUCUCUCUCUCCACACCGAUCCCUACAGAAACCCCAGCAAGGGUUUUUCAUCUCAACUUAUACGAAUCGCAUCACAACAAAUUGAUCAAAAACCUAGGCCUCUGGGCUUAAUCUGAUCCACCAUUUCAACAAAUCGCGACGAUCUUAUGAGGAAGACUAGCGUUUUCUUGAUUUGCUUCUUCGUCGUUGCUGCUUCCUCGUGCUUCGUCCGCGGCUUGUCGGAAUUGAAUACGGACGAGACGAAGAAGAACAAGUUUCGGGAGCGAGUGGCUUCCGACGAUUCACUUGGUUACCCUAACCUGGAUGAGGAUGAAUUGUUGAAUACUCAAUGUCCACAAAAUUUGGAGUUGAGAUGGCAGACAGAAGUUAGUUCUAGCAUAUAUGCGACCCCAUUGAUAGCUGAUAUAAACAGUGAUGGAAAGCUUGACAUAGUUAUUCCCUCUUUUGUUCACUACUUGGAUGUCUUGGAAGGCUCUGAUGGAGAUAAAAUGCCAGGGUGGCCUGCUUUUCAUCAGUCUACUGUACAUUCUAGUCCCCUCCUAUAUGAUAUUGACAAGGAUGGCGUGAGAGAAAUAGCUCUAGCUACUUACAAUGGAGAGGUGCUGUUUUUCAGGGUUUCUGGCUACAUGAUGUCAGAUAAAUUAGUGAUACCCCGAUUGAAAGUGAAACAAGAUUGGUAUGUGGGUUUACAUCCAGACCCAGUAGAUCGUUCUCAUCCAGAUGUCCAUGAUGACCUACUCGUCCAGGAGGCUCUAAUGAAUUCAAUGAAUCAAACUAAUGGAAGUCAAACUGGAUCAAGCACCUCAAAUUCAACAGCAACAGAAGCUCAGGCUCACACAGUGGAUGCAACCGAUGUAGGGAAACAAGAGAAGAACGGUAGUCAUGUCGAAGCAGAAAUUAAGUUGCAAAGCAUGGAGAAUAGUACUUUAGACUCUAUAUCAGCAGAACCCAUUAAGGAAGAGAAUGCAACUAAUAGUAGAAGACGCCUUCUUGAAGAUAGUGCCUCAAAAGGGUCUGAAGUGAGUGGUUCUGAUUCCAAAGCUAAUGAUAAUGGAGAUGUUCAUGAAGCAACUGUGGAGAAUGAUCAAGGUUUGGAGGUAGAUGCUGAUUCGUCUUUUGAAUUAUUUCGAGAUAGUGAGGAGCUGGCUGAUGAGUAUAAUUAUGAUUAUGAUGACUAUGUGGACGAAUCCUUGUGGGGAGAUGAGGAGUGGAAGGAAGCACAACAUGAAAUUGUGGAAAAUUUUGUGAACGUCGAUGCACACAUCUUGUGCACUCCUGUAAUUGCCGACAUUGAUAAUGAUGGGGUCUCGGAGAUGAUUGUUGCGGUGUCUUACUUUUUUGAUCAUGAGUACUAUGACAACCCUGAGCAUUUAAAGGAACUCGGUGGAAUUGAGAUUGGGAAAUAUGUAGCUGGUGGUAUUGUCGUUUUCAAUCUCGAGACAAAGCAAGUUAAAUGGAGUGUACAGCUAGAUCUAAGUACGGAUACUGGAAAAUUUCGUGCAUAUGUAUAUUCUUCCCCAACUGUUGUCGAUUUGGAUGGUGAUGGGAACUUGGACAUUCUUGUCGGAACUUCUUAUGGCUUGUUCUAUGUUUUGGAUCACAAGGGCAAGGUGAGGGAAAACUUUCCUCUUGAAAUGGCUGAAAUUCAAGGAGCUGUAGUUGCAGCUGAUAUCAACGAUGACGGCAAGAUUGAAUUGGUCACUACCGAUGUACAUGGAAAUAUUGCUGCGUGGACUGCUCAAGGAAAAGAAAUUUGGGAAACACAUAUCAAAAGUCUUGUUCCACAGGGACCCAGCAUUGGUGAUGUAGACGGGGAUGGCCGUACUGAAGUUGUUGUCCCAACACUGUCGGGGAACAUAUAUGUUCUUAGUGGCUUGGAUGGAUCGGUUGUACGUCCUUAUCCCUAUAGAACUCAUGGGAGGGUGAUGAAUCAAGUUCUUCUAGUUGACUUGAGCAAACGUGGGGAGAAAAAGAAGGGUCUGACUUUGGUUACUACAUCGUUUGAUGGUUACUUGUACCUGAUAGAUGGACCCACAUCAUGUGCUGAUGUAGUGGACAUUGGUGAAACUUCAUAUAGCAUGGUAUUGGCAGAAAAUGUUGAUGGUGGAGAUGAUCUCGACCUUGUCGUGACAACAAUGAACGGCAACGUUUUCUGUUUCUCCACCCCAGCUCCACAUCAUCCCAUCAAGGCAUGGAGAGCACAUAAUCAGGGACGGAACAACGUUGCUAAUCGCUUCAAUCGUGAAGGGAUUUACAUUAUGCCUUCUUCCAGAGCUUUCCGUGAUGAAGAAGGCAAGAGUUUCUGGGUUGAAAUUGAGAUUGUAGACAGAUACAGGAUUCCAUCUGGGUCCCAAGCGCCUUAUAAUGUCACUACAACCUUGUUAGUUCCGGGCAACUUCCAAGGAGAAAGAACGAUAAAGCAAAACCAGAUAUUUGAUCACGCUGGAAAAUUCAAGAUUAAACUUCCAACAGUGGGAGUAAGGACCACGGGAACAGUUUUGGUGGAGAUGGUUGACAAGAACGGAGUAUAUUUCUCAGAUGAGUUCUCCCUCACAUUCCAUAUGCACUACUACAAAUUAUUGAAGUGGCUUCUUGUCCUCCCUAUGCUUGCCAUGUUUGGUGUGCUUGUUAUCCUUCGUCCGCAAGAGGCCAUGCCAUUGCCCUCAUUUUCACGAAACACUGACUUGUGAUAAUUAGCGCGUCACAGAUUCAAUCACAGGAUUGCCAAACCUCAUGGAAUACAUGUGUGUGUUGACCAGUGCCCGAAUCAUCGAAUAAGAAAACAGAAACAUUGUGCGGAACGUUUGCCUUGCUUGGAUGAAGUGAAUGAGGUCAUGUUGGCUGAAACAGGUCUGAAUUGAGAUUCGAAUAUACCAUGUUAAACCAGUUGUAAUGUUUUUGGACCUAGUGAUUUCUUUGUUCACCAUUUUUUGCGUUGUCCGAUGUAAUUUUACUUUUUUGACCGAUUGUGAGGUAUAAUCUGAGGAAGAAAAAUAAUAUUUAUUUA